AAAAAAGCAGAAUAUUAAAGGCAAGGAAAGUCAUGCGAAUUUUUCUCAAACUCGUGAAUCAAAUAAUAUAAUAAAAGAAAACCGGACACUAAUACAAUAAGAAUAUAUAAAAGAGCGUGUGAAAAAUUUUAUUCGUUGAGUUCGAGAGAAAAAGGAAGGAAAAAUUGAGAAAAUGCCGUCAUUGCAACAGACACCUAAUUUCAAGGAAUGUAAUUUAGCAUCAGACAUUUUACAGAAGCAUUCAAUUAAUUCUCUGCUGGAGCACAGUGAUGAUUUGAUAUUAUCUCCACACGAUAUGUCGCCUAAUGAAGUUGAUGCCAAUCUAUCAUUCGCUGAUAUCUUCAACAGUCUAGGAACGUCAACGCCAAAAGGAUAUCAUUCUCAUUCUCCUGACAGCAGUAACUACAUUCAGACAACACCACCGAAAAUGUUUGAUAAUUUUCAGUUUGACAAUCGUUCAUUACAACGAAACUUAAAUUUUGACUGUAAUGUAACAACAACGCCGACUUCACCCAGUACGCCUAGCUCAUUUAUGACGUCACCCAAAGCGUAUAUGAAUUCACCGUCGUACGGAAAUGAUUCUGGCUUCUAUAGCAAUAUCAGUCGUUCUGAUUCACCCUUGAUAAAUGACUCGCAAGAUAAUUUGGGUUCACCAACCUUCGAGACACGAAGCUUGGCCGAUAUUAUGAAUUAUUUGAAUCUGAGUCAGGCACCAAUCCAACAGCAGCCACAGCAUUCGAAUCAGACUAAUCAAAAUCGCUAUGAGAAUCAAAGGAAGCAGGAUCAUCAACAGCAACAGAAUUUCUUGAGUGCUGAAUUAAAGCAAUUGCAAGCCUAUCAGCUUCUUCAACAACAAAAGCAAUUACAGCAAUUGAAUUCACAGCCAAUAAAUCAGCUUUUACAGCAACAGAUCAUUAACCAAAUGAAUUUGGCUAAUUGGCGUCAACAGCAGCAGCAACAACAAGCAAUUAACAGUGCAAAUGCAUUGGAUAAUUUAGCUAAGAAUCAUCGUUCAUCAGCAGCUCUAUUUGAUCCAAGCUGUACAUGGAGUGGAAUUAUUCCGCCUAGAGCACAUCGAUUUAUUACUUAUUCGCCAAAAAUCUUUUUGGGUGGCUUGCCGUGGGACUUAAGUGAGACAACAUUAAUGCAAAUAUUUAAACCUUUUGGACAGAUAAAGGUUGAAUGGCCUGGCAAGGAACAAAAUGCAGCACAGCCAAAGGGCUAUGUCUACAUAAUUUUUGAGUCUGAGAAACAAGUUAAAGCUUUGUUGCAGGCUUGUACAAUUCAAGAUAACUUUGUUACACCACCGGGAAUUAAUAGCAGUGAAUCGAAUAAUGCAGAAUCGACUUCGGCUAACAUCACGACUGUCCCAAAUGGCAACUAUUACUAUAAAAUCUCGUCAAGGCGCAUUAAAGAGAAGGAAGUUGAAGUAAUCCCAUGGAUAAUUGCCGAUUCAAAUUACAUCAAGUCUGCUAAUCAAAAAAUUGAAUCUGCCAAAACUGUUUUUGUCGGAGCUUUACAUGGAAAACUCACAGCUGAAGGACUCGCAAAAAUUAUGAACGACUUAUUUGACGGCGUUAUUUACGCAGGAAUCGACACAGAUAAAUAUAAAUAUCCAAUUGGCUCUGGUCGCGUUACAUUCAAUAACACACGCUCUUAUAUGCGAGCUGUUGCUGCUGCAUUUAUCGAAAUAAAAUCACAAAAGUUCAGCAAGAAGGUUCAAAUUGAUCCUUACCUUGAAGAUUCGCUAUGCUCAGUUUGUGGCGUUCAACAUGGACCUUAUUAUUGCCGAGACUUGUCUUGCUUUCGUUAUUUUUGUCGUCAGUGCUGGCAACUACGUCACAAUAAUGACUCACACUUGCGAAAUCAUAAGCCAUUAACGCGCAAUUCUAAAUCACAACAACAGAUUCAAGCUCACUACUCAAUGUUUAAUAAUAGCAAUGGAUGCUCACUAAGCACAAGCUCUGGAAGUUCAUCAGGAAGUAGCUCAAGUUCGCCAAACGAGGCUGUCUUAUCGUCGAUGCUCAACUUUCAGAUGAUGAAGUGAGCCGAUAGAAAAUUGUUCAAUACAAAUCGACGGGAAAUGAGGAAGGAACAUUGUACAGCAGCGAUUUGAGAUUGAACUAUAUUGAGAUCAAUAUAUUUUUAAUUUUUAGUUCAAUAUUCGUUAUUAUUUGAGUAAAUUAAAAAAAUUAUAAGAAGAAGCAAAAGCAGAACCAAAAGAAGAGACUCAUUACUUUGCGCGGGAAAACAAAAGAAUCUAGUUAGCAAUAUGAGUCUUAAAAAAAAGAUUCGGAAGUGAAAAGAACUGUCUGAAUCUCCCUUAUCUCUUAUUUUUAUAGUUUGUAGUCAAUCUAUUUUUGUUAAGUUAUGUAAUUUUAUGAUGUUUCCAAUAGUUUUUAGAAGAAAAUUCCAAGAGUGCUUGGACUUUUAGGCAUAAAAAAGAAGCCAAAAUGAAGGAGGUAGUUAACCUCAAUAGAAAAAUUUGAAGAACAAUUCAAAUUCGAUACUUAAAAUUAAGAGCUAAUCAAAGAUGUUUGAUGAACAUUUUUAAAUACUUUUCGUUGUGUUGCACACAUCACACACUAAAAAAAUGGAGAGCAUUAAGUAUUAACACAAAUUGAUGAUGAUUAUACACAAUGAUGAUGACAAUUUGUGGUACACACCGUUAAUAUUCUUUCGUUUCUAACAAAACUAAUCAAAUAACACUACUAAUUCGAUCUUUUUUCCUAUCCAAACAAAAGAAAACUUAUAGUUUCUCACACAUUAUUUUAAGAAAGGAAGAAAAUUUUGUUGAAAAAUUAAAUAAAAUCUCACAUUACUAACAUUGCUUUUAUCAUUUGCUUUUAAAAAGUAAUAUUAGCAAUAUUAUCUUUGUUCUUCCAUAC